GAAGAAAUGGCGAGGGUGGGAGCAUCAUUGGUGUUGGUGUUUGUGUUUGUGAUGAUGUUGGGGAUCGUAGUGAGUCGAGUGAGAGGGGACAAGUGUGGAGAUGAGAUACAGGGCUUGGCCACCAACUGCGCUCCGAUAUUGCAGGGCAACGCUCCCUCUGCGGCGUGUUGUGGGCUCAUCAGGAGCGCAGACAUGUCGUGCGUGUGUCCCAAGGUCACUCCUGCAAUUGCUGCCUCCAUCAAUGUGCCCAAACUGGUCACCAUCAUCCAGAGUUGUGGUAGAAACGUUCCUCAUCAAACUCGUUGCGGAAGUAUUGUUACGCCAUGAUUAAAAUCCAGUGGAAGCUCUAUAGAAUACAGAU